CAUUGACAGUGUCCGUGGGAAGGUUGGGUUAAUUUAAUAAUUUAAUUAACCAGCAUUUAGUUUAAUUUUAAUUAACUUCAUCAAACAGUCUAACAAGAGGUACAAUGUUAACUAUCUUUUAGUGAUAAGAAUUGAGAAAAGACGCGAUGGCGCCACUAAAAAUCCUUUUUUUUCUCCAAUUUUCUUGAACUUUUUCUCAUCAAAAAAUUUUGUUACAUUUAUUGUUUUGUCCUUUUCUCGUCUCUUUCUUUGUCAAUCUGUUUGGUGCUUCUAGCUCUCUCUUUUUUCUUGAUUCGUUUAACUCCUUAUCUCUCUUAUCUAUUGCUCUCAUUGUUGUGCUCACUCAUUACUCUUUGCACUUCAUUUGAGUUUGUUUUAUCGUGUAAAUUACCAUUUCAGUGUUUAAUUUUACCAGUGACUAUAACACAAAAUUACCAUGGAAUAUCAAUAUCAACCUGGGUUUAUGCCUCCAAUGGUAGCUCCGUUCAUUACCGGCUACGACUCACAAUUUGACAGUGAUCUUUCGAGAGAUGCCUCACCAAAUCUUAACUUAAAUCCAGAAAACUAUAACAGCAUCAGUAACAACUCAUUUGGAGAGAACGCUUCUGUUGAUGAAGAGGAAAGAAAACGUAUCCGCCGGGAAAGAAAUAAACAAGCUGCUGCUCGAUGUAGACAAAGACGUAUUGAAUAUACUAAUAAAUUGGCUCGGGAAACUGAGGAAUUACAACUUGGUAAUGUUGAAUUAUGGAAUACACUACACGAGUUGAUGCAACAAAAGGCACAUAUGGAAGCAAUGUUGGAAACGUUUAAUAAAAAUUCCGCAUUUGUUUAAUCAAGGAUUCCUGUUCAUAUCGGCCGAUUCUUAAUUCAAUAACGCAAUCAUCUUGAAAAAAUCAUCAUACUCAUUGUGACUCAUCUUUCAAACUAUCGCUCAAACACAGGAUUGACACAUGAUGAAACAUAUUUUCAUUACUCUUUUUUCUUCUCGUGUACAUAACGUUUGAAACAUACGCUAAAUGUUUCUCUUUUUCAAAUUAGCUCUUUUUUAGAGGUUUUUCUGUCCAAAGGCCAUCUCAACUGAAAUCUAAAUUUGCCUUUUUGUGUAAAAGCGACUCAAAAUUAAAAUAUAUUUCUCCAGAGCUAAAA